CGAUCAUUAUAUUUGUUGGCAGUAUAAGUGUCGAUUGCCACCACAGUCAUAGAGGUAAACGGCAGGAAAUUUGCAGACUACUCAGAAUUUUUCGAAGGCUACAAAGCGCGUUAUGCUCAGCGUCAACAAUUUAACUUGCCCAUGAAAAUAAAAUUUGCGACAUCUUCCAACAAUACUUAAAUCGAGCACCUUACAGAAUGCAGAACAAUGAACAUGAUCAGAUCCAAGUCGAAGUCUCUGCAGGGCGAGCCUUGGUGUGGGAUCUGGAAGAUCUAAAAACGCUUCGUACCAAACAUAGAAUCAUAGGCGCUAUGGUAGGAUCCUUGGAGGCACAACCACUGCAAAAUAUAUUUUACGGUAUGCCACUGGCUUUGUUACCAGAGGAAGUCAGCUUAUUACAAAAGCAGGGUUUGAUCUAUAUUACAAAUACAGGUGAUGGUGCGGGUUGGAAUUACCCGCAAAAUGCAAAAGAGCGUGAUCGAUGUACUGUUUUCGAAUAUCUUUGGACAAAAGGAUACUAUGUGACAUGUGGAACAAAGUUUGGGGGCGACUUCCUUGUUUACCCCGGCGACCCGGCAAGAUACCAUAGUCAUUAUGUCGUAACCGUCGUGCAAGAGAGUGACACUUUUGACCCAAGGUCUCUAGUAGCUACAGGAAGGCUAGGUAGCAAUGUUAAAAAGACACAAGUCAAAGCUUGCGUAAGCAAUGGGUCGGUGCAACUCUGGUCCGUUCAGUGGGCGGCGAUAUAACAUAUGCUCAGUCAUGUCCGAUCAAGCGCGCGCUCGGUAACAACUACGCGACAGCCAUUGUUUAACCUGGGAUAUCCAAAAAACCAAAACUGGCCAAUCGUUCCCAACAAAGCAAGCGGAAAAAUAAAUCCCCGUGUUGGCUGGGAUCACGUUAUCCUAUUACAGUGCGCAAUCGCAAAUCUUCCAAGCAAUGUCGAUCACCGCCGCAGCUUCGGUUACUCGCUUUCAAAUUUUUUUUUGUCAAAGAGGGAAAUAUUUCGCCCACGCCUUCUUUUCCUUUCUUUUUCUUUGAUCAUUUCUUUUACCCACUUGUAUACCUUUCAUCA